CUAAGCCUUUGUCUCCCGCGACCACUGAGAGCAUCUGGCUGAUAUCUGUACAUAAUCGCUGACUCUGAGCUCUCCUGCGCAGACUCCUCUUUAUAUUCGUUCAUAUUUCCUUUGGCUCGUCCCUCGAUGCAUGCGAACUAGCCCAAAACAUGUCGAACGAGCUCACUCCAGGGCCCCCUAUCAAAAUAACAGAGAAGGCCGAACCGAGGGACAAGACCACGGCCGACAUCGAGUAUGACGACUUUGGCUUGCCUAUAAGAAAACGGCGGCCUAGGACCCCAGUGGACGACAGCUCGGACUCGGACUCAGAUGUGUUUAAAAGUGCGCCAGCAACAGCGUCAGCCAGCCGACAGGAUAUUGCGCUGCCAGAAGAGAGUACUGCAAAAGUAGAACAAGUCACGGGGAAGCUAAAUGAACCCCACACUGUCAACUCGCCGGUCAACGGUCUUGUUCACGACAAGGAGAAGCAGGAGAAGCAGGAGAAGCCGGAGAAGCCGGACCACGGGGUCCAGGUGAAGGACGAGAAGUCCUCAGAACCCACAUCGCCAAAAGAGUUUCCCGAGACUGCCCCGCCGGCAGCCACGACCCGCAAUCGCAGCAUAUCGAUACCCACAAAUGUCGAAGGACAUCAUGCCUUCGCCAUAUCCGAGUACUCUCAUCAGCAGCUCGCCCCUCAAACUCACAAAGAGCAGGAAGCGCAUCAGGAGGUCGAGGAAUGGCAGGAAAUGCCGGCCUAUGCCCAUUUUGACAUGUACAACGACGAUAACAAGCUCGUUGCCCGGGAAAACCAAGAGGAACUCGAGGACAUGAACGGUUAUGGAAACCUCGGAGGUGCUGCAAAAGGCUACACGAGAGUCACGAUGGAUGAUGACGUAGAGUCCGUAACUAGCAUGGACGACAAUACUGCGUAUCUCUUCAAGGAGAAAGGUACCACCUUGUUGGACGAAGACGAAGGCGCCCGGGAUCCGCUCGCACAGAUGCAGACCACCAAAGGACUUCUCACCGAAGGUCAGCGCAUAGCCUACGUUGGCCUUGUGCGGCUGGCCAUGGUGCAAAUGGCGAAACAACCCGCUGGUCUGGACCGUACGAAAGGCACUAAAAAACUGCUGGAUCUGUGUGAGGCGGCUUUGAAGAUGUGGUCCCAGAAGAUGAUGGUUCGCCUUUACACACAUAUGGAUAUCGAUUCCUCGGAGCAAAUUAUGAUUGAACAACUUGCCGAGCAUGGGGUAGAACCGCCAGAUUUAGUCCCUGCCUUAAUGCAGAAUGCUCGGGUAAAGAACCCUGUUACCGAGGAAACAGAUUCACCAAGACUGUCAGUCUCCUCACCGCGCCCCAACUCACAUUCCGAAAAGUCCAUGUCUUCGUCUGCCGUCAACCUCUACGAUGCUGCUGAGAGCCCUCCACCUCCACCCUACAAUGAGCAUGAAGGCGAAGAGCUUCCAGAAGUCCGCACUCCGUCCCAGCUCCCCCAGACUAAGAAUCUUGACAUCGACCUCCGGUGGACCAUUCUCUGCGACUUGUUUCUAGUUCUUAUCGCAGACUCUGUCUACGAUUCGCGGUCGAGACAGCUUUUAGAGCAUGUUGGCAGCUAUCUUAGCGUGGAUUGGCUCGAGAUCUGUAAAUUUGAGAAGCGAGUAACAGACGCCCUGGAAAUGCAAGAGGAAGCCAACAAGGAGAACUGGAAUGAAGACGACCAUAUGGAAAAUAGACGAAAGAGGGCUUACAAGAAACGUCUUGCCUUUAUGGGGCUUGCCACGGUCGGAGGUGGUUUAGUCAUUGGACUGUCUGCCGGUCUUCUUGCUCCUGUCAUCGGUGCUGGUCUCGCCGCGGGCUUCACCACGAUUGGCGUCGCAGGGACGGGUACAUUUCUUGCUGGUGCUGGAGGUGCUGCUAUCAUCACUACAACAGGUGUCCUGAGUGGCGGUACGAUUGCCGUAAGAGCAGCAGACAGACGCACGGGUGCGGUUAAAACUUUUGAAUAUCGCCCUCUUCACAACAACAAAAGAGUCAAUCUCAUCGUCACAAUAUCCGGGUGGAUGAUUGGCAAGGUCGAUGACGUUCGGCUGCCAUACAGCACAGUAGAUCCAGUUAUGGGCGACAUCUACUCCGUCCUCUGGGAGCCGGAAAUGCUCCGAAGUAUGGGUGACACUAUCAACAUUCUUGCGACAGAGGCUCUCACGCAAGGCCUCCAACAAGUGUUGGGUAGCACCAUCCUCGUCGCCCUUAUGGCGGCUCUGCAGUUGCCCAUUGUGCUCACAAAGCUAUCAUAUCUAAUCGACAACCCUUGGACGGUUUCACAGGCAAGAGCAGAUAUGGCUGGGCUUAUUCUUGCCGACUCGCUUAUUGACCGUAACCUUGGGACACGGCCGAUUACUCUUGUUGGGUUCUCUCUAGGGUCUAGAGUCAUCUUCGCCUGCCUUAAGGAGCUCGCAAACCGUGGAGCCUUCGGUAUCGUCCAGAAUGUGUACAUGUUCGGCACGCCGGUCGUAGCAAAAAAGGACGAAUACAUCAAAGCACGAGCAAUUGUCCCUGGGCGAUUUGUAAAUGGAUAUGCAACAAAUGAUUGGAUCUUAGGAUAUCUCUUCCGAGCAACCAGUGGAGGUAUUAUGCGCGUAGCAGGUCUAGCGCCUGUUGAAGUGCCAGGGAUCGAAAAUCAUAAUGUCACUGAACUUGUCCCAGGACAUAUGGCUUACAGAGCAGCAAUGCCAAAGCUUCUCAGAGAGGUUGGCUGGAGCGUAGAAAGCGACGAAUUCACGGAAAUCGAGGACCCCGACCCAGAAAACCAUGAUAAGAGACAGCGAGAGCUCAUCAACGAGAUCGAAGAGGCCAGAAAAGAAUUAGAAAAGAAACCGGAAAAGAAGGGCUUCAGCUUUUGGCGGAAGAAGAAAGUGGAGAAGAAAGAGUGGGAGGUGUAUGAUGAACAUUCAAAGGCACCAGUGGGUAAAGAAGGAGAUGCCGCUCCUGAAGGACCAGUCCUGUUUGAUAUCGACGCAAUCAGAGCGGAGGUUGCAGCACUUGCUGUCGAUUCUGGAGAAACCAUUGAGAUCAAGGAGAUCAAGUCCACAUUGCCGCCAAUGAAGAUUGAUAUGGGAGCAAUUUCGCCCAAUCCGUACUCAACACUCCGCGAAACCAAGAGUUACAAUGAUAGCCUUGGACCUGAUCCUUCAGAUCUCAACGCGAGUUCCAGCAAUCUUUCCACCCGCUCCAACGGAAACUAUUCAGUCAACUCCCAUCACUCAGACCAUGAGCUCCCAAAAAAGAGGUUUGAAGAGUACGAUGAACACGAAGAUGGCGGUAUGACAAUGACAUUCGAGUCAUCUUUCAAAGAUCCCCCUUCAAUACCACCUUCGAAGUCCCCUGUUCCUUCCCACGAACCCCCGGAAAUGCCGACGUGGAAUGCAGCUGCAGAGCAACCGCCAAUGAAAUCAGCUCUAACGGACUCUAAUGCAAAUUUUACGCCGGGGUAUAAUGCCUGGGCCGACGAAUACGAUGACGAGUUUGGGAAAGAGAAAGAAAUGAAGAUGACCUUCGAGUAGAUAUAUCUGGUUUUCGGUAUUGGCGUGACAUUUGGAUGUGGAGCGGCGCCCGUUUUGCAUAUGGCUUUCUUUUCCAACUGGCAUGUUCUAGCUUGCCCUAGCGUGCAUGCAUUAGCGGUGUUGUGGACUCCUGGCGUUUCGCAGGGCAUAAGGCUUCCUUGAUGUAACUAGUCUGUAAUAUGCCAGCGUUGUAUACGUGGUGGACAUUUGGGUAGUGUUAACUCAUUCAUCAUCACCGCGAGGAGGGUUUUUUGAUUAGAUACAUCGUCAUUGCUCG